CACACAACGGUUUCUGUUUCACUGCUGCAUGUAUUUUGAAGUCUAGUGCCGGUGGUUUCUUUCACGGGUACGGGGUAGGAACUCAUUUCGAUCAAGCCCAUCGCAGAACUGGUGUUGAAGUAGUUCACCUUUGGCGGCGCAAUUGGAUGAUGCGCGGUUGGCGGUCAUUGUGAGCUGACACUUUGCGAGAGUUGUAAAGAUGAGUUUGGGAUAUCAGAGUACAUUAUUGGGAAUUCUAGGAUCACUUCUUCUGCUCGCCAUCUAUGUCGUACCCACGACACAAGCAGAACCCAACGAAGGCAGGUGUAUCUGGUAUGGAGUCUGCUCAGCCAACAAGAAGCAGUACUGCCCCUAUAAUGGUACGGCCAAGGUACUGAAGGAGCAGCAAAAAGGUGCUGAGGCCCUGCACAUCCUGAAGAAGGUCUGUCCAUGGAUGUACGCGGGCGAAGCUACCCGCCUUUGCUGUGACUAUGAUCAGCUUUACAACUUGCAGGAUGGCGUCCAAAAGCUGUCAGCCAUAUUCGGUGGUUGCCCAAGCUGCUUGAACAACUUCCGGCGCUUGUUUUGCAGCUACACGUGUGACAAGAACCAGAGCACGUAUAUGAGAAUAGCUGCCACGAAAUCUAACAAUGCCACUGGACAGCCACGCACCUCGGUGACCAACGUCACCAUUGCUGUGGAGGCCGCACCGCUUUCGGCCACUUUCAACAGCUGCGCCAACAUUCUGUAUAAUGGCCAUCUGGCCACCAUCGCAGUUUGCCACUUGAAGAAGACCAGUCCCUGCCCAGAGGCACUCUUCUGGCACAGCAUGGGCAGCAUGAAGGAAAACCCGUUCUUCUUCAGCUUGCUGUCGUCGGGUCCGGAAGUCCAGGGCCUCCGGCCGCGUACGUUCCCGACCAUUGCUUGCACCGAGGCUGCACCCGGUCAGCUGUAUAGCUGCCCUUGUCAAACGUGUCCGGCGAGAACUGAUUGCAAGUCUGCGCCGGUUAAGCCACUGCCCAAGAAGCAGAGCUUUGUUGUCAGCAUCGAUGGCGUCACCUUCAUCAUGGGCUGCAUCUUCAUUGCCUUCCUCUUCACGUUCUCCGUCUUCAUCACCUACAAAAGUGCGUCGCCACGCACCCUGACGUCUACGUUCCUGCUGGACUCCACCUCCAUCAACGGCGGGAGCGCCGUCAUUGCCACGGCGGGACAACGCGGCGACAAGCUGCGCAGGAAGAUCGAUGCUGUGCUUGGUGGAUGGUGCCACAGCUGUGCUCGCAAUCCAUUCAAGGUCUUAGUGCUGUCGCUGACGGUCGCUGGCCUGCUUUGCUGCGGCAUCGUCACGUUCAAGGUCAUCACCGACCCCGUGGCGCUCUGGUCAGCUCCGAACGGUGAAUUUCGCCACCAGAAGAACAUAUUCGACAAGAACUUUGGACCAUUCUAUCGGACCCAGAUGCUGAUUGUCACCUUGGACGAUGGGCCGGAGCUGUUCAAUCGGUUUGACGAAGCUGUCAGUGCCAAAGACGUAGACCAAAUGUGCGAAGAUGGUGAGGUGACAAAUUACACCAUUGGCCAGGUCUUCCGCCGCGGAGUUCUUGAAAAGGUGCUCGAGUUGCAGGAGCAGAUCUCCAACAUCUCCGUCAACGUGGACUCGAAGCGCGUCACCCUGGAGGACAUCUGCUUUGCUCCCUUGUCGCCGGACAAUGACAAGUGUGCAACGGAAACUGUCCUGCAGUACUUCCAGAAUAACAUCACACAUCUGCGGCGCGUUAAAAGCGAAGACUUCCUUCAAUGUGUCACAGACUCCUACAUCGAUCACAUGAUGGAAUGCACAUUUAAUCCGCUCGAAACGGUGUCACAAACGGACGGCUUAAAUCUGCCCUGCCUCGGUGAUUUUGGCGGCCCUGCCUAUCCCAAUGUGGUGCUCGGUGGCUACGGUGGAGUGUCCUACAUGAACGCCACCGCUCUGGUUGUUACGUACCUUGUCAACAAUCAUGUCGAUGCGGCAAUGAACAAGCCGGCAGAAGAAUGGGAGAAAAGAUUUCUGGAGACCGUCGAGUCUUUCAACAAGACAGUGUCGUUCUACACCAAGCAGCAGUGCCACUUGUUUAAGAACUGCAACCACAGCACGUCCAUGGCCACCGUCAACCUUAACGUGGCCUACAGCGCACAGCGCUCCAUCGCCGACGAAGUCUCACGGGAGAGUACCUCCGACGUGGUUGUGCUUGGCCUCAGUUACAUGCUGAUGUUCAUGUAUGUAGCUAUCACACUGGGAAAGAUCUCGUUCAGCCAUCCGGCCACACUCCUGAUCAACUCGAAGGUCUCUCUGGCACUGGCUGGCGUGCUGCUGGUUCUGCUGGCAGUGGCUGCUUCUGUGGGCACACUGGCGCUGCUGGGCGUUGACGCCACAUUGAUUGUCUUCGAGGCCGUGCCGUUCUUGGUCCUGGCUGUCGGUGUUGACAAUCUCUUCUUGAUGGUGCAAGCACUUCAGCGUGAUGAACGCAUAGAAGGCGAGGAAAUCUCUGCCCAGGUCGGCCGUGUCCUGUCCGCCGUGGCACCAAGCUUGACGCUGUCAGCGCUGGCCGAAUCGGUCGCCUUCUUCUGCGGUGCUUUGUCAGACAUCCCCGCUGUGCGCUCUUUCUCGCUGUACGCCGGUCUGGCAGUGCUGUUCAAUUACUUCCUGCAGAUGACAGCAUUCAUUGCUUUCCUGUCACUGGAUGCGCGGCGUCAGGACAGUCAGCGCAUGGAUAUCUUCUGCUGCUUCCCUGGCGGUAAGAAGAAUGGCUAUAUCAACUUGGAAGCAGAGGACUGCUCACCAGGCUGCCUGUACCGCAUCUUCUCCAGCUUCUAUGCGCCGGCGCUGCUGCACAAGUUUGUCCGACCAGUUGUCGUGUGUGCAUUUUUCGGCGUCUUCUUCAUGUCGAUUGUAGCCACGACUCACCUCGAAAUUGGUCUGGAUCAGACCACGGCGCUACCCAAGGAUUCCUACCUUGUCCCGUACUUCGGUAAUCUGAGCCGUUACGUGAAGGUCGGCGCCCCAGUCUAUUUCGUCGUCGAUGGAGAGUAUCCGUACAAUGAUACAAACUAUGCGGCCAAGAUCUGCUCCACUGGUGGCAACUGCAGCCGGAACUCCUUAGUGCAGCAGCUCAACAGAGCUAGUCAGCAUCCGGAAGUGUCGACAAUAGCACAGCCGCCACUGGCGUGGCUUGAUUCCUACUACGAAUGGAUAACUCCAGCCACUGCAUGCUGCCGACUCAAGAACUCUACCGCUAGCAGUCGUGACUCGGGUCUUGACUUCUGCCCACCAACAGACCAGACAUCAAAAUGUAUCGACUGCCUCCCUGACGGAAAGACACUGCCGACUCGUGAUGAAUUUGAUGACUACAUUGAGGACUUCCUUCACAGCAACCCGUCAGCCGCAUGCCCCGCAGGUGGGCAUGCUGCCUUCAGCUCAGCAUUGAGCUUUGCUAACCGCAGUGCUAACGACAACAGAGACACUGCUAUCAAAGCUUCACACUUCAUGACGUACCACACGCCGGCUAAUGACUCGGCUACCUUCAUCAAUGCUCUGAAGCAGGCACGAGAUCUGGCGGACAAGAUGACGGCUGCCAUCGACUACCCUGGCAUCAAAGUCUUUCCUUACAGCGUGUUCUACGUGUUCUAUGGGCAGUACUUGAACAUUGUCAAGUCGGCCGCUAUCAACCUGACCGUGGCUACUGUUGCCCUGUUCAUAAUCUCGUACCUGAUGUUGGGACUGCGAGUUCGCCAGGCUCUCUUCAUCCUGGGCACUGUGUGGAUGAUCAUUGUUGAUGUGAUGGGCGUCAUGUACCUCUGGGACAUCAAGUUCAAUGCCAUCUCACUCGUCAACCUGGUUGUGGCAAUGGGCAUAGCCGUGGAGUUCUGCGUUCAUAUCUGCAACACGUUCUGCUGCAUAAGGACCGGGACACGUUUGGAACGCGCCCGCUCUGCCUUGAUCACCACUGGCAGCUCGGUUCUCAGUGGUAUAACACUGACAAAGUUUGGUGGUGUAGCAGUGCUGGCCUUCACCAGCUCCAAGCUCUUCCAAGUAUACUACUUCCGUAUGUACAUGUCCAUUGUGUGCGUUGGGGCUGCUCACGGCCUGAUCUUCCUGCCCGCACUGCUCAGCUACAUUGGUUAGCCGUCGCUGCUGUGGUGUCAGUAAGCGAGGUGCAAGUGUGCUUCUUACACGUGCAGCUCAGCUCAGCUCUGUUUCUACUCGGCUCUUUUUUUUUAUUCUUAGAUCAGCCAUCUAACUGUGAUCUAACUGUGCUAAUUUUGUUGUUACAGCAGACUAGUGCUUACGAGAUGGUGUCCUUGUUUUAAAACUCUCUUUAUAUAAUUAUAAUCCCAUUGGUGGCAUGGCAAGGUAAACGCGCUGCACUGCCGAACCAGAUUUUCACAAACACACACACACACACACACACAUCAUGCACACACACACACAUCAUGCACACACACACACACACACACACACACACACACACACACACACACAUGUACCCAGUCAUAUGUGCAUUCUUUCCCUGUGUGUGUGUGUGUGUGUGUGUGUGUGUGCGUGAGCGCGCGUGUGUGUGCGUGCGCGUGUUCUUACGGCGAGUGGUUACGUUGCCUUGUGCCGGCAUGGUGUGUGUUGCACCCGUUAUGCUGUGUACGAGUACAUGUGGCCUUUGCAACGCGUUGAACCAUACCUCUUUGUGUCAUCUUAUCUCCAAAUCCAUAAUAAUUUUGCUGUCCUUACAUUUCGUGCUGUUGAAUGCAGCACAUAACAUACUUGCGAAAAGAUGCUUGUUUUCACUUUACCUACUAGUACUAGGAUAUCCUUGCUACCUUUCUACAGGUGCAAUCCUCACUCAUGUCAUAACUGAAUUGAUCAUUUUGUCCAAGACGCUGCUGCACAUGCACUGCAUGGCAUUGUUUUGUCCGGGGGGCCACUAUGGAGCACUUUGUCUGCGCAAUCUUGUUUCACUUACAUUCCUGCUACUGCUGUUUUCUUCGUUUAUUCAAAAACUGUUGUUGUUGUUGUUGUUGUUGAGCUUAGCUGGUUGCUAUUUCGUAGCUGUCGGGUACGUGUACUGUGUAGUUGUUUUGAGUGUCACGUCAUUUUUCUUUCCGCCCUGAGCAGUUUGCUGGGAGUUUCCUUUCUCAGAACCUUAUUCGCCUGGUUUCGCCUUGCGUAUACGAUGACUCGGUAUUUCUACGCAUGGUGUUUUGACAUUUUGACAUUUUCCAGUUCUUGUCCUUUCCACAGCAUUCACCUUCUAUUCCCCCUUCUUUUCGCUCUGCUAUUACCUCUCUUUUCUGCCAUGUUGUUGUUGUUGUUGUUGUUGUUGUUGUUGUUGUUGUUCGGCGCUGUCAUCGUUCUCUUUUUCUUUCUGUUGUUCUAUGACCAUGACGUGUGCACAAUCAUUGUUAGUUACAUAGUAGUAAGUAUGUGUAGUUUAUAUUACUAAUGUCACGUGUGAUUAUAAAGUUCAUG